AUGUACGCCGAUGAUGUGACAAGUGAGGGCACCGAUCCUGUGGCUGUUCAACCAGCAAUGGAUGUAGUCAAAGACUGGUCUACUGUCUGGAACCUUCCAGUAAACGACGACAAAUACGUUAAAGCCCGCUGGAUAGGAGAAGACAUCUUCCUAAUGUACAAACUCCUCAAGUCCGGCAAGGUAGAUGACUUCUUUGUGCGCAAUAGCGUGGAUAACCUUCGUGAUCAUAGCAGGAAACUCUUCAAACCCCGUGCCCGUGCGCUCCGCAUAUUUGAACGAUGCCUCGCCCGACCCAUGUUCAUUUUUGAUGAAUGUCAUAUCACGGCCAAAUUGUCCACACAAUUAAGUCGAUCUCGAGAUCGACUUCAGAGUAGCCGCACUGUUGCGCAUUUGGAUCUCAAGCGACUGGACACGAAUCACACAUCUCUGCAUGUGCCCAUCUUGCUAUCCCUGACACCACUGGUCUGGGAACAAUCAAUGACUGCAAUGUACAUCCCGUUUGUAGUUUCUGAUCGUCAGUGUUAUAAGGAUGCGGUUGGAUUGGUCAUGCAUCUGCACUGUCCUGUGAUUGAAGUACCUGGUACCUGUCUACUUCCGCUGCGUUUUCCCAAUUGGACACCAUAA